AGUUAACCAAAUCAGUUUUCGCACAGAGAAAUGGAGAUGAAAAGAGAAGUGUCGGGGAGUUGCAUUGAUAGCCUACUCGCGGAGAUGGUGUCAUCGUACUGUAAUCGCUUCGACACCAAUAAACCUGAGCUCGCUGGUCGUCGGAUCGAGGCUAUUGGCUAUCAGGUCGGCCACCAGCUCGCAGAACGGUAUACCAAGGAGCGUCCACGGUUUAGUGAACACCUGGAGGCAAUAAAGUUUGUAUGCAAAGAUUUCUGGUAUGAGGUCUUUAAGAAGCAGAUUGACAACUUGAAGACAAAUCAUAGAGGCACAUUUGUGUUGCAAGAUAAUAAGUUUCCUUGGCUUGCACGAAUGUCAGUUGAUGAUAAUGUAGAUUUAUCGCAAGAUCCUUCUGCAAUGGCUGAAAACAAGGCUACCCAAAUGAGCAUGCAUCUCUAUUUCCCUUGCGGUAUCAUUAGGGGUGCUCUUUCAAACUUGGGAAUUCCUUGUGCAGUUUCUGCUGACAUAUCUGAUCUUCCAGCAUGUUCAUUUGUGGUACGUAUAAAGGCUUGACGAUUGUAUUGCGACAAAUGAGAUCAAGAACAGUCCUUGAAGCAUGUGCGGCACUAAAAUAUUAUUGUUAUUAUUAUUUUUGGUGGGGGUGGGAACAUACUUCUACCCAUUUUUCUUCUGGAUGAAAAUGAAGCUGAUUUGAGAAGUGGUCCAUAUCUACGAAGUAUGUUCAAAGCUUUAAGAAUGAAUUAUAUUGGGAAAUUUUCUGUUGCAUGGACUAACCAGAAUUUUUAAGUAGUUGAAGCUAUUGUUGAUGACAUGAUUUUCUCGUUGGUGGGAGUUGCCUGUAUUAAAGGCCUUGGUUGGAUUUUUACAAAGCAUUAGCUGCAUGAGAUGGAUAUACGCAGCCAUGCAAUGCAUGAAAUGGGAUCAAAAUUAUCCAUAUUAAAAAAUUUUGCCAUAUCUUUUUUAUGUGAAUUUGGAAUUUUUUUUUUCC